GGCGGGGCUUCAACCCAGAGGGAGGGAAGAAGGUGAAAGGAUAAGAAGCCGAGUGGAGCUGGCGCCUACGGUGGCCGAAGAGGGACGCGCCGAGCCGGAGGCUGCAGGAUGAUGCGAUUUAUGCUGCUGUUCAGCCGGCAGGGGAAACUGCGGCUGCAGAAAUGGUACCUGGCCACCUCCGACAAGGAGCGGAAGAAGAUGGUUCGGGAGCUCAUGCAGGUUGUUCUGGCUCGCAAACCCAAGAUGUGCAGUUUCCUGGAGUGGAGGGACCUCAAAGUCGUCUAUAAGAGAUAUGCCAGCCUCUACUUCUGCUGUGCCAUCGAGGGCCAAGACAAUGAGCUCAUCACCUUGGAGCUGAUCCACCGAUAUGUGGAGCUUCUGGACAAAUACUUUGGCAGCGUGUGUGAGCUGGACAUCAUCUUCAACUUUGAGAAGGCCUACUUUAUCUUGGACGAGUUUCUGAUGGGGGGCGACGUGCAGGACACUUCCAAGAAGAGUGUGCUGAAGGCCAUUGAGCAGGCAGACCUGCUGCAGGAGGAGGAUGAAUCGCCACGCAGUGUGCUGGAGGAGAUGGGUCUGGCCUAG